AUGCAGUCGCAUGUCGAAUUAGCGACUUUGGGCGAGAAUCAACUUAAUCAGAUAAUCACAACGUCAUGCUUUAUUUAUAAUCCCCCACACUAUUCAAGUGUCCCAAUAAUUAAACGGAAUGAAGCGCAAGAAGAGUACGAAAGAAUUAUUUACUCGGAGAAAAAAAAAUAUCUCUUCAUCAAGACCGCAGAAAAUCUCGAAGGUUUAUGGACUUGCUUUCAGAUCAAAUGA